AUGGCAAACAUCGGCGGAAAGAAGAUAUUUAUUCCCAAACCUCCAGACAAGGGGUCCUUCCCUUUAGACCACGAGUCUGAGUGCAAGGCUGUUAUGAUUGAGUACCUCAAGUGUCUCAAUGAUCACAAUUGCGACAACUCUUCGUGUCGUCCAUUGGCUAAAGACUAUCUCAAGUGUCGGAUGGAUAAGGAAUUGAUGGCUAAGGAGGACUUCAAAGUGUUGGGAUUCAAAGACAAUUCGGACAUGAAUUCCAGUGACAAUCAAAAGAAGCACUAA